ACAAGAGAUGAUUUAAUCUAUCUUGCCAAGCUGGCUGAACAAACUGAGAGAUAUAAAGAGAUGAAGGAUGCAAUGUAUCAGAUGGCAAAGAUGAAUGUUGAUAUGACAGUAGAGGAAAGGAACUUGUUAUCAGUGGCCUACAGGAAUCUAGUUGGUGAGAGACGUGCUUCUUGGAGAAUAAUCAAAUCGAUACAGGAUAAUGAGGAGUCAAAGGGCAAUCAACAACACCUGUUACUGAUAGCAGAGUUUAGAUCAAAGAUAGAAGAAGAGUUGAAUAUAAUAUGUGAUGAAGUGUUUAGCUUGUUGAAGGAUCAUCUGUUGCCUGCAUCCACACAACAAUGCGAUGCCAAGACAUUCUAUCACAAGCUGGCUGGUGACUACCUUCGCUAUAAGGCUGAGGUAACUCCAGUUGGUGAAGCGCACAGACAGGUCUCUGAACUAUCGAUGAAGGAAUAUGAAAAGGCGAUGGAGGAGGCGAACCAAUCCAUGCCACGGACACAUCCUAUUCGACUAGGUCUGGCACUAAGUUAUGCUGUAUUCUACUACGAGAUACUGAAUAGACCUGAGAAAGCAAUAGAGCUGGCCAAGAACACAUUCGAUGGUGCAAUCGCAGACUUGGAUGGACUGCCAGACAAUGAGUACAGAGAUGCCACGCUAAUAAUGCAAAUGCUGCGAGACAACAUGACCUUGUGGACUGCAGAGAUGGAUGAUCACUCGAAUCAAGAGCAUGAUAAUGAUCAG